AUGGAACCCCAUUCAUAUGGUUUAGGCCGUGGUGAGGCACUUCCAAACUACCUAGGUAUGUUCUUCACAUUUGCUGACCAGGCGGGCGCUAUACUCGUGUGUAGGAAUCAUGAGAGAAUCACCAACGAAGCCAAGGCUUUGGAGCUAGUGUCUGAAGCAACGACUAUCCCCGUGCCAAAGCUGCUCGAACAUGGGAUACAUGCUGAUGGCCGUCGAUAUUUGGUCACGGAGCUCGUCGAGGGCGUUUCGCUGAACGCAUUCCCAAGGCCUUGCUCCAAGCCAAGAAAUGAACAGCAUACGACAGAUCAGUCCCUGCCAUGUCAGGCGUGUUCGGACCAGGCUUACUCGAAUGCUGCCGAAUUUAUCGAGCGCACGGUUUUGCCUCAACUUGCGGACUUGAAAGCUCGUUCCCGAGGCAUCGACGGGUUCGUCAUGCCGCCCUCCUGGCUCAGCCCCGUCGAAGUCCCGUGGAAGGGCAAGACGUCUUGGAAGACCCUUCCGCUGCAGCAGCCCGACUACGUUUUCCAGCACGGUGACAUGGCGGCUCACAACCUCAUCAUGGACCCCUGCACGCUUCAACCCAAGGCCCUGAUUGAUUGGGAGUUCGCUGGCUAUUUCCCAGCCGGGAUGGAGAGAUGGGUCGGCUCACUGGACCCGGAGGCCUAUCUCAGGCGUCGCAACGGUCGGGCCCAUGUGAUAGCAGAGUUUCUCGCCGAGGAGUUCUUGGAGUGCUGUGACAAGUGGCACGAUCGAGACGAGUUGGAUGAGUUGGUUCGCGCUGGAGACCUUCCGAACCCAGACGAGCUGAAGGACGCUCGUAUUUAA